AGCGUGUUUUAACGUUUGCUUUAGGGGCAGAACUACUUCUAGUAGCAGCGCACAUGGAUUGCUAAACGUUUUAACUAACUUCGUAACAUGUUCUUAGCUAUUAAGCUACUGUUAUUUUUACAUUUAACAUGGCUGAAACGGUAACUGCAUCGCGGAGAGGAGUUUUGGACUUCAGUCCAGUAAAGAGAGACGACGCCAACAAGGAGAAUGAUGUUCCGAUUUUGAGUUUGAUCCAGUUUUCAAAGGCUCCGUUUGUGACGUUUGGAUCGGUAAAGUUGGGAUCCUCCAAAUCGGCUGUUUUGCGAAUUGAGAACCCUACAGAGGAUGCAGAGGCGGAGGUUAAUGUCGAAAAGAUCCCCUCAAGUAAAGGUUUUUCUGUGGACCACAACACGUUCACGAUUCAGCCUGAGGGUUCAUUCAGUUUGACAGUAACCUGGACUCCAUCAGAGGAAGGUGGAAUCAGAGAGCUCAUCAUCUUCAAUGCCAAUGGGGUCCUCAAGCACCAGGCUGUUCUGCUGGGGAGAGCAGAGGCACCAAAAAAGAAAAAGAAAAGCUUAUGGGACACAAUCAAAAACAAAAGAGAAGGUGAGAAAGUAGCUGCACCCAGGAGAAAGAAAACCGAUCAACCACUGAAGAUGGCAGCCAAUAAAACCUUCCAAGUGUCCAGAAAGCCACAGUACAAACGGGACAAGCCCCGCAGCCCACUUGUUUCUCUCAACGAGGGCAAAGCUGUCAGAGAGAGGUCCCUCUCGAAGCACAGUCCCGUUGACGAUUACCCUCAGAUAUCAGAGGAGCAGAAGGCCUUGAAUUCCACCUUGAGGCAACGGUCUCUGGUCUCAUCAGACCAGGAGAAUAUCCAUCAUGUUCAGAGGAACUCUCCUCUUGUCCUACUCGUCCCAGCCGGAAAGCUGAUGGACUCUGGCAACAUGUCUGCGAGCCCAGAUGCUUUGGCGGGCAAACCUGAAAGCAAAGAUCUUACCAAAAUGCUCAACAGGACGCUGUCUCCUAUUGGGACGCCAGAGAUGUUUAGGAAGCUCAUGCCUCACAUACAGUCAGAUAGCCCACUUUCUGCUACUGUAAAGUCUGUGGCUGAUGCUGAUGGCGGCGAUAGUGUGUUAACUGGAAGCCCAGUUCUCUCUUUGAAAGAUGCACUGGCCCUCAUUGACUCUGAUCUGAGCCAAAUGAACACCAGUCCUCGAGACACUAGUUCGAGCUGUGGCUUUUCAGAUUCGCUGGAAUCCAAGAGUGGGAAUUGUGACCGUGGACCUGACAAAAACCUCCUCAGAGCUUUACCCGAUAGCCCGCUGGAGUUCAACGAGCCAAGACUUACUUUCUUUGUCAGCAAGAAUGCUGCGAGUGAGGUUGUUGUCUCACAGGCGGAUAAGUCUACGGAAAGGGUGAAAAAGGCCUCUUUUACUUCUGCUACAGUGACCAAGAGCAAAGCACCAGUGGAGGCAAACAGUUCGAGUGGAAGGAAAAUAAAGAAGUCAAGGCGGAGGCUCUUAGAGAAAACACUUGAGCUCUCUGAUGGCAGCAGUCAGUGUGAGUCUCGACCAGACACUCCAAGCCUGCCUGUUAUAGACCCAGACACAGGGAUCAAGGGAUGGCUAAACCCUGAAGCUGCAAGCUCCCUGUGUGACGACAGACAUCAAGCCCAGCAGUUUAUGUACUCCAGCUUGACUCCACAGCUCGACAGCCCCCUUCCAUCUAUUGCUCCUGCUCGCUUCUCUUUCUCAGUCACUUCCCCUCCUCCUACACUCGCUGCUCCCAUUGUUUUUACUGCCACCUCUCCCUCGCCUUUGGGCUCAUCUUCUCCUCUACACCUCAACUCCACAUCAAACCCCAGUGUGUAUGAGCUGUCUCCAGCUGUUCCCGCACCUCCGCCCAUUCAGGAAGACUCAUUUCCCGUUUACAUGGCCGUGAAGAGCAAGAAGAGGAAGAGUGAGGAGUAUCUAAAAAGUGAUGGGAAGGUGGGGGAUGCCGCGAAAACAGAGCGUGCCAAAAGGACCAGGGUGGUAACAGGAAAAACUGAGCCCCCAAGAUCGGUCCAGGAGAGGAGAAGUGCAUCACAGAGGCAACAACUGAGAACAGCAGGCUCGGUGCGCUCCAUGACUUCAUCAUCUCUAAAAACUGCACGGCCUGCGGUUCCUGCCCAGGCAAAGCAAUCAAGCUCCAAACUCACUUCAAGAGGUGCCCUGUCUCUAAAGUCGUUUGGUGCUCGAUCUGUGAAGACGGCAAAAAUUGUUGCUGUAGCACAGUCAAAACUGACCUUUGUUAAACCAGCGCAAACAGCCAUACCGAGACACCCGAUGCCAUUUGCUGCCAAGAACAUGUUCUAUGAUGAGAGGUGGAUUGAGAAGCAGGAGAGGGGAUUCACAUGGUGGAUCAACUACGUCCUCACCCCAGAUGACUUUAAAGUCAACACUGAAGUCGCUAAAGUGAAUGCUGUGUCCAUUGUCAUGGGCAGCGAUGACAAGUAUAGUGUGCCCAAAGCUCCCACCAGAGAGGAGAUGUCUUUUAGCACCUACACGGCCCGAAGGAAGCUAAACCGCCUCCGUCGUUCUGCCUGCCAGCUGUUCACAUCUGAGGCCAUGGUCAAGGCUAUACAGAGGCUCGAACUGGAGGUGGAGGCCAAGAGGCUGCUCGUCCGCAAAGACCGCCAUCUUUGGAAGGACAUCGGUGAACGCCGAAAAGUCCUCAACUGGCUUCUUUCAUACAAUCCACUGUGGUUACGGAUUGGGCUUGAGACGAUCUACGGGGAGCUGAUCUCACUGGAAAGCAACAGUGAUGCGUUAGGUCUGGCUAUGUUCGUCCUCCAGCGGCUGCUCUGGAACCCAGACAUCGCUGCGCAAUACAGACACGCCAAAGUGCCUAACCUUUACAAAGAAGGCCACGAGGAGGCGCUGUCUCGCUUUACUCUGAAGAAGCUGCUCCUGUUGGUGUGUUUCCUGGACAAAGCCAAAGAGUCCCGGCUGAUUGAGCACAACCCCUGUCUGUUCUGCCUGGAUGCAGAGUUCAAGACAACUAAAGACCUGCUCCUGGCCUUCUCCAGGGACUUCUUGAGCGGAGAGGGGAUCCUCCCCCGGCACCUAGGCUACCUCGGGUUACCCGUCUCCCACGUUCAGACGCCCCUGGACGAGUUCAACUUCGCUGUGAAGAAUUUGGCAGUUGACUUGAAAUGCGGCAUUCGUCUAGUGCGAGUGAUGGAGCUCCUCGUCCAGGACUGGAGUUUGUCGGCCAAGCUCCGUCUGCCAGCCAUCAGUCGCCUGCAGAAGAUCCACAACGUCGACAUGGCGUUACAAGUGCUCAAAAGCAAAGGGGUCGACCUCAAGGAUGAACACGGCUCCAUCAUCGAUUCCAGAGACGUUGUGGACGGACACAGGGAGAAGACACUGAGCCUCUUGUGGAAAAUCAUCUUUGCGUUCCAUGUGGAGGUGAUUUUGGACGAGGAUCAGCUGAGGGAGGAAAUUUACUUCCUGAAGAAAACCUUGAGGACCAAGCAGAGGCUGAUGUCUCUGAGGGCGGAUCGGGGCCUUCAGCCAAGUCCUGUGAGGACCAGGGCGGCGUAUGAACACAGCAGCACUAAGGUUACCCUGCUGAUGGACUGGGCUCGAGCUGUGUGUGACUUCUACAGUCUCAAGGUGGAGAACUUCACUGUGACGUUCUCGGAUGGCCGCGUCCUCUGCUACCUUAUCCACCACUACCACCCCAGUCUCCUGCCAGAGAAGGCUGUCAGUCAAAGCACCACUCAGACCGUGGAGUGUUCACAGAGGGGCCGCCUGGAGCUCGACUGCUCAGCCAGCGACUCCGACAACUCCUUUGACACCUUGCCAGCCGGCCUGAACGGCCCAGAUUCUCCGUCAGUGGAAUUUAAAGAGCUGCUAGAGAAUGAGAAAAACAACUUCAGAAUGGUAAACUCUGCUGUGUCUUUCCUGGGUGGGGUCCCUGCCAUGAUCAACCCAGCUGACAUGUCCAACACUAUCCCCAAUGAGAAGGUUGUGAUGUCUUACCUGUCCUUCCUGUGUGCUCGUCUUCUCGACCUGCGCAACGAAACCAGGGCAGCUCGGGUCAUACAGGGCGCCUGGAGGAAAUACAGAUUAAAGAAAGAUCUACAGCUCUACAAGGAAAGAAACGUGGCUGCUAUGAAAAUCCAGUUAGUUGUGAGGAGAUUCCUCGAGAAGUGCAGAGUGAAGAGGCAGAAUCAAGCUGCUGGUAUCAUCCAAUCAGUCUGGAGGGGUUAUGUAGCCCGCAACAGACUGAGGCUGAAAAAGCAGGCUCAACUUCGGGCUUUGCAAAAUAAAGCAGCAACUGUCAUCCAGGCUCAAUGGAAGAUGAUUUCGGCGAUGAGGGCUUACUAUCGCCUCAGAUACUAUGCCAUUGUUGCCCAGAAAACUGAAAAGGAAAACCAUGCUGCCACGGUGAUACAAGCUGUGUUUAAGAAAUGGUACAAGGAAAAAAUGGCUGAAAGAGCAAAUGCUGCUGUAAGAAUUCAGUCUUGGUAUAGAAUGCAGAGGUGUCUCCAUCAGUAUAAAAAGAUCAAGGCAAGCACUCUCCUCAUUCAAGCCCAAUAUAGAGGUCGCGCACAAAGGCGCUGCUUUCGGAUGUUGAAGCUGCAGCACCACUCUGCUAUUGUCAUUCAGAGUGCCUUCAGAGGGCAUGCUGCCAGAAAACUGGUCGCAAAGAUGAGAUGUGCUACAGUCACAAUCCAGCGUUGGUUCAGGGCCUCUGUGGAAAGAGACGUGGAAAGGCAAAUGUUUGUGAGGAUGAGAUGUGCCGCCAUUACCAUACAGGCAGCUUAUCGUGGUAAAGUGGCGCGGGAAUCCCUGAAAAAACAGCACAAGGCAGCAACAGUGAUCCAGGCAUCUUUUAGGAGGUAUGCUGCCCAAAGGCGCUACUUUCUCUUGAGAAAAGCUGCAGCUGUGAUACAGCAAAAGUACAGAGCCACACUGUUGGCUCGUGAGACAAAGAAGGAUUAUGAUGCUCUUAGGAAUGCUGCACUCACUGUACAAGCUAACUGGAGAGGCAGAGCUGACAGGAAGAGGAUAGAAAAGAGGCAUCAGUGUGCAACACUGAUACAGGCUUACUACCGUCGGCACAAAGCAGAAGCAGAGUAUAGGUCCAAGAAAGCAGCUGCUGUAGUCAUACAGCAUCGCUACAGAGCUUAUGUUGCCGGGAAGGAGAUGAGGAAAGCAUACCUGCACAGGAGAGCAGCCUGUAUUACUCUCCAAGCUGGAUUUAGAGGCCUAAGGGAUAGAAUAGAGUUGAAGAAAAGGCACUGGGCAGCAACUGUCAUCCAGUCUUCAGUUAGGAUGUUUUUAUGUAGUAAACAAUAUAUUCUCAUACAAAGUGCAGCGAUUAUCAUCCAAAGCCGAUACAGAGCUCUUGUAGCCUGCAGGGCACAGCAAAAUGAAUACAAAGUGCUAAAGCAGGCUGCUAUAAAGAUACAAGCUGUGUACCGGGGAUUUAGAGUGAGAGAAGACCUAAAGAAGAGGCACAGGGCUUCCACAGCAAUCCAAGCUCAAUUCAGGAUGCACAGAAUGCGUAUGGCAUACCUUGCCACAAAGUGUGCUGCCAUCAUUAUUCAAGAGCACUUCAGGGCCAAAAUGCUCAAGGAUCAACAAAUGCAGAGGUACACAACAAUGAAAUCUGCAGCUGUACUCAUCCAGGCAGCAUAUCGUGGCUACAGGGCCAGGAGGAAAAUUGCAGAGAUGCACCGAGCUGCUACAAUGAUUCAGAGAAAGUUUCUCACCAUCCGAGAUAGGAAUAGGUUCCUCGCUAUCAAGGCAGCAGCUUUGGUUUGCCAGCAGAGGUACAGAGCAGUGGCCCUGGCAAGAAAAGACCAUUUGGACUAUCUGGUAAAGCGCAGGGCAGUCAUUUGUCUGCAGGCUGCCUAUAGAGGACGUGAGGUCAGAAAGCAGAUGCGCAUCCAGCAUACGGCAGCUGUAACAAUUCAGUCUCAAUUCCGAAAAUACCAGCAAAGAACCUACUACAAGAAGCUCCACUCGGCUGCCAGUGUAUUGCAGGCACGUUACAGAGCCAACAAGAAAAUGAGAGAGGAGAUGCAAGCCCUGAGUGCCAAGAGAAAUGCUGCUGUUGUCUUACAAGCUGCCUUCCGUGGAAUGAAAUCUAGACAAAUCAUCAAACAAAGGCACCAGGCUGCCAGUGUUAUCCAGAGAGCUUAUGGAGCACACUAUGAGCGCAAGCAGUAUCUGACCUUGAAAUCCUCUGUCCUCACCAUUCAGCGGAGGUAUCGGGCCAUUGUAGCAGCAAAGGCACAAAUGAAACAAUACCAGCGUAUGCGCACAGCAGCAGUCCUGCUUCAGGCAGCAUACAGAGGGCAGCAGGUCAGGAAAGAGAUUGCUCAUCGCCAUCAGGCUGCCACUAUCAUCCAGUCUGUAUUCAGAAAGCACAGAGAGGUAGUCAAAUUCCAGGCCAUGCGUCUGUCUGCCAUUAUCAUCCAGAGACACUAUCGCUCCUGUAUUCUUCAGAGGCAAGUAAGGGAAAAGUUCAUAAAAAUUCAACAAGCCACCAUUAUUCUUCAGGCAGCUUACAGAGGUCAUUGUGUUCGAAGCAGCAUUGCCAAGAUGCACAAGGCAGCUACUGUCAUUCAAACAAACUUCAAGAGGCAUAAGCAGCAGUCAGCCUUUAGGAGACAACACUGGGCAGCAUGUGUCUUACAGCAGAGGUUUAGAGCUCAGAGACAGAGAAAUGUUGAGAUAAAACAUUAUCAACAGCGCAGGGAAGCUGCUAUUGUGUUACAGGCUGCAUAUCGUGGAAUGAAAUCGAGAUGGAUCAUCAAACAAAGGCAUCAGGCUGCCAGUGUUAUCCAGAGAGCGUACAGAACACACUGUGAACACAAGCAGUAUCUGACCUUAAAAUCCUCCAUUCUCACCAUCCAGCGGAGGUACCGGGCCACUGUAGCAGCAAAGAAACAAAUGCAAAAAUACCAGAAAAUGCGCAGUGCUGCUAUUGUUCUUCAGGCUGCAUAUAGAGGCCAGCAGGGCAGAAGGGAGAUUGCUCAGUACCAUUGGGCUGCCACUGUGAUCCAGUCUGCAUUCAGAAAGCACAGGGAGGAGGUGAAAUUCCAGGCAAUACGUCUAUCUGCCAUCAUCAUCCAGAGACACUAUCGCUCCUGUAUUCUUCAGAAACGAGACAGAGAAACGUUUCUAGAAAGGAGACAUUCUGCUGUUGUCCUUCAGGCAGCAUACAGAGGGCAGCAGGUCAGAAAGGAAGUUGCACGUUGGCAUCAGGCCGCCAUUGCGAUCCAGUCUGCAUUCAGAAAGCACAGAGAAGAAGUCAAAUUCCAGGCCAUGCGCCUGUCUGCUGUUAUCAUCCAGAGAUACUAUCGCUCCUGUAUUCUUCAAAGAAAAGAAAGGGAAAACUUCCUAAAAGCGAGACAUUCCGCCAUCGUUCUUCAGGCAGCUUUCAGAGGUCAUCUCGUGCGAACCAGCAUUGCCAAGAUGCACAAGGCAGCUACUGUCAUUCAAGCCAACUUUAAGAGGCAUAAACACCAGUCAUCUCUCUGGAGACAUCGCUGGGCAGCCUGUGUCCUGCAACAGAGGUUUAGAGCUAAGAGACAAAGAAACAUUGAUAUAAUACAUUACCAAAACUGCAGAAAGGCAGCCAUUGUGUUACAGGCUGCAUAUCGGGGAAUGAAAUCCAGGCAGAACAUUAAACAAAGUCACCAAGCUGCCAGUGUUAUCCAGAGAGCUUACAGAACACACUGUGAACACAUGCAGUAUCUGACCUUAAAAUCCACUGUUCUGACCAUCCAGCGGUGGUAUCGAGCCACUGUAGCAGCCAAGGAACAAAUGCAAAAAUACCAAAAGAUGCAAAGAUCAGCAGUCCUCCUUCAGGCAGCAUACAGGGGGAAGCAGGUCAGAAGAGAGAUGGCUCGCUGGCACUGGGCGGCCACUGUGAUCCAGUCUGCAUUCAGAAAGCACAGAGAGGAAGUCAAAUUCCAGGCGAUACGUCUAUCAACCAUUAUAAUUCAGAGAUACUAUCGGGCCUGUAUCCUUCGAAGAAAAGAAAGGAAAAACUUCCUAAAAGCUAGACGGUCUGCCAUCGCUCUUCAGGCUGCUUUCAGAGGUCAUCGUGUGCGAGCCAACAUUGCCAAGCUGCAUAGGUCGGCUACUGUCAUUCAAGCAAACUUCAAGAGGCAUAAGCAGCAGUCAGCCUUUAGGCGACAACGCUGGGCAGCCUGUGUCUUGCAGCAGAGGUUUAAAGCGCAGAGACAAAGAAAUGUUGAGAUAAAACAUUAUCACGAGGUUAGGAAAGCUGUCAUUAAUCUACAAGCUGCCUUUCGUGCAAUGAAAUCCAGAAGAAUCAUCAAACAAAGGCAUCAGGCUGCCAGUGUUGUCCAGAGAGCCUAUAGAGCCUACUCUGAACGCAAACAGUAUCUGAAAUUGAAAUUGUCCGUCCUCACCAUUCAGCAAAAGUAUCGGGCUACUUUAGCAGCUAAAGCACAAAGAACACAGUACCUGGAAAUGCGCUGUGCAGCCAUCAUUGUGCAGUCAGCAUACAGAGGGCAGCGGGUCAGAAAGGAGGUUGCUCAUUGGCAUCAGGCUGCCACUGCGAUCCAGUCUGCAUUCAGAAAGCGCAGAGAGGAAGUCAAAUUCCAGGCCAUGCGUCUAUCUGCCAUUAUCAUCCAGAGAUACUAUCGCUCCUGUAUUCUUCAAAGGAAAGAGAGGGAAAACUUCCUAAAAGCGAGACAUUCUGCCAUCAUUCUUCAGGCAGCAUUUAGAGGCUGGUGUGUCAGGAGGGACAUUAGUCAACAAAAUCAAGCUGCCAUUGUGAUCCAGUCAUGCUGGAAAUGCUCAGUGCAGAGGCGUAUCUUCCAAAGAAAGAGGGAGGCAGCUGUGAAACUUCAGCAGAGGGUGCGGGCAGUGCAGCUGGGCAGGUUGGAGAGGAACAACUACACCCAAUCGAGGCGAGCUGCCAUCACACUUCAGACACACUGCCGGGCCUGGAUUGCAAGACAAAAGGUACUAGAGGUAGCCAAGGCAGAGAGAAGGCUCCGUUUUACGUCGGCGGUCUUCCACCAUCUCAAAGCCAUAAAGAUCCAAAGAGCUCUGAGAGCCCACUGGGCUUUGGAGUCGGCCAAAAGACAAAUCCAUUCUGUCAUCACAAUACAGCAAUGGGUGAGAGCGAGGCAGCAGAGGAGACGGUAUUUGGAGGACAGGAGCAAGGUGGUUACAGCCCAGAGAGCUGUCAAGCGCUGGUUAGCUCGUCGCCACAAGGCUGCGUCCGUCAUCCAGCAGGCCGUCCAGAAAUUCCUCCUUCUCAGGCGCCAGAAGAGGGUUCAACAGGGCAUUGUCAAAGCUCAGGCUCUGUGGAGAGGACACCGCUCCCGCCGACUGAAUGACAAUCCCAAGGUGGUGAAGCUGAGACACCGUUUGCGUAAAGUCUCCGCUGACAUCCGAGAGGAGGACAAACUGUGCAACAAGACAUCGUCUGCCCUGGACUAUCUCCUACGAUACAAACACUUCUCCUACAUUCUAGAGGCCCUGAAAAACCUGGAGACCGCCACCAGGCUGUCCCCAGAGUGUUGUGAGCGGCUGGUAGAGAGCGGAGCCACAAACAUCAUCUUCACACUCAUCCGCUGCUGCAACAGAAGUGUCCCCUGCAUGGACGUCAUCACCUUCUCCAUCCAGAUCCUCCUCAACCUCUCCAAGUACCACAAGACCAUUGAGGCAGUGUAUUCGGUGGAAAACUCUGUGGAAACAUUGCUUGACCUGCUGCAGAGAUACCGGGAGAAGGCCGGGGACAAAGUGGCAGAAAAGGGGGGCAGCAUCUUCACCAAAGCCUGCUUCCUUCUUGCUCUCCUCCUGCAAGACAAUCAUCGUGCUGUGGAGGUCAUGAAGCUACCCAAGGUCUUGGAUCGGAUACGCAGUAUUUACCGCCUCACUGCUCGCAAACACAAGAUGGACGCAGAAAGAACUGUUGUCAAACAGAAGAUGAGCGCGUCAAUCAAUGGAAGCUUCUUUGCCCAAGCAACGCCUCGUAAAUCCCGCCCUGUGCCAAAGUUUGCACCGGAAUGGGUUCUCAGAAAGGACAAGCUUAACGAUGUUGUGGACCCUCUCAGGGCCAUUCAAAUGGUGGCAAAUACACUCUCCAUUGUGUUGUAAAUAGACAAGCUUUUAAAUUGUGAUCCGUCAUGUAAUUUUUUUCCCCCUUCAGAAAAUAUUGUUAUAUGUAUUGCUGUAUUGUUUUUUUGUUUUUUUCAACACAUUUCCAUAUUUUCAUGUAUAUAUUAAAUGGAUUUGUUUCUUAAA